GAUCACUAGCAGCAGUUGUCACUCAAAUUGGAACUUGAUUGGAGAAUACAGUUCCCAUAAGAUUGGAGAAAAUCCCAGCAAUGCUGCUAGAACUGCAAGCAGUUGCAACCAGGUGGUUGAAAUACUACGUUGUUUGGAACAAGGCUGCUCCUUUCAUCUCAGGUUUGGUAUUUGUUCAUGCUUGGGUUGAGUAUGCAUUGAUUGCGAUCCUGAUCACGCAUCUGACCGACGAGUGGUUGCAUUUGCCGAAAGCUGCUUCGAUUGUGAAUGUUCAAGAUGGGGUAACAGCGGUUCUAGCACUGGUUGUUGCUCAUGUGUCCGAUGCUCAUCUGGGUCCGUUUGUAGCAGUAGUCUGCUCGACUGUUGCUUAUAUCAUUGUGAAUGCUGCUAGCUUUUGUCUAUGUCAAACUCAGAUGAUAUAUGCUACCUUUUGCUUAAACAUGUCUUUUUGUGAAGUUUACACUUUGUUCAAGUAUAAAGCUUUUCUCUGGCAGCCUUGUCUAAACGUUUCUGUUCAAGUCAAUGUAUGUAGUAGCCAGUGAUACGGUGGUUUUAAUGGUUAAAUAAGUAGCUUUUUACAAACAUGUCACUGAGAUUUUAGAGUCUAGUUUCAAAUGGUCCAGGUUUCAAGUUCAUUGGAAAUUUCUGUAGAAAGUUAUGACUGUUUUAACGAGGGUUGGCAGA